GGGACCGCCGCCUUGCACGGUCGCACUGACGCACGGCUGAGUCAGCUGGGCGACGAUCCAUCAUCACUCAACUCCCGGCCUUGCGCGCACAUGGCCCUCCACUUCCAAGUCGCGAGCUUAUAAAGACAAACCCCUUCGGAGCAGCUCGCCACACAGAAGCAGCGCGGGAGUGGAUGCGUCGCCAGAGAGCGCAACGCCAGUAAAACUGACAAUCCAUACUAUCCCGUGGCCACAAUGGAGCUGAAACCUCUCUUGAAGAAGCUAGGCUCGAUCCUCCGAGCAAUAUUCACUUUUCUCUUUGCACUGGUGGUCCUCGGUGUGAUGGUGUGGGCCUACGUCGCAGGUUUCCAGCUAGCCACUUCCCCGCACGGAAUCAUCUCCUUCGGCUUUUAUGGCCUCCUGCUCUCUCUCCACGUACUGGUCCAGAGCCUCUUCGCCUUUAUCGAGCAACGGCGGAUGAAGGCUCGCAAAAAACCCUGCACUUUCACCAAGACCAUUGGCUUCACCAUCUCAGCAUUCCAGGAGGACCCCGUCUACCUCAGAGAGUGCCUUGACUCUGUCCGGAACCUCCAGUAUCCGUCCGAACUGCUACGUGUCAUCAUGGUUGUGGAUGGGAACAACGAUGACGACCGCUAUAUGAUGGAGAUGUUCAGGGAGGUGUUUGCAGACCAGGACCCCGCGUGUUACGUCUGGGAGAACAACUACCAUACGUGGGACCCCACUCAGCUGCAACAGGAUGAAGAGACUGGCUCGGUGGGGUCAGCAGAGGACGGGAACAACUAUAUCAUAGGAGAAGACCCUCAACGAAAAGAAGUGGAGCACCUGAUCCAGACAAGGAGCUGUGUUUGCAUUAUGCAGAAGUGGGGAGGCAAGCGGGAAGUGAUGUACACCGCCUUUAAAGCCCUCGGAUCUUCAGUCGACUACAUCCAGGUGUGCGACUCGGACACCAAGCUGGACUCUCGAGCAACAGUGGAGCUGUGCAAGGUGCUGGAGAGUAACCCCAAGUACGGCGCAGUCGGUGGGGACGUCAUGAUCCUUAACAUGAAGGACUCCUACAUAAGCUUCAUGAGCAGUCUUCGCUACUGGAUGGCCUUCAACAUAGAGCGGUCAUGCCAGUCCUUCUUCAACUGUGUCUCAUGCAUUAGUGGACCUUUAGGGCUUUACAGGAAUGAUUUGCUUCAGGCGUUUCUGGAAUCCUGGUACAAUCAGAAAUUUUUGGGUACUCACUGCACCUUUGGAGAUGAUAGACAUCUAACCAACCGUAUGCUCAGCAUGGGAUACGCCACAAAAUACACGUCUCGCUCCAAAUGCUACACGGAGACGCCAGCUCAGUUCCUGCGCUGGCUCAACCAGCAGACCCGCUGGACGAAGUCCUACUUCCGUGAGUGGCUCUUUAACGCCAUGUGGUGGCACAAGCACAACCUGUGGAUGACCUACGAGUCCAUCGUCUCGGGGGUGUUCCCCUUCUUCGUCACAGCUACCAUCAUCCAGCUUUUCUGGACGGGGAGCCUUUGGGACAUCCUGUGGGUUCUGUGCUGCAUCCAGCUGAUCGGACUAGUGAAAGCGACAUACGCUUGCAUCCUGCGCAAGAACGCGGUCAUGGUGUUCAUGUCCCUCUACUCGGCUUUGUACAUGACCAGUCUGCUGCCGGCUAAGUACUUUGCCAUUAUUACCAUGAACAUAAGCAGCUGGGGGACCUCGGGCCGGCGUAAAAUUGUGGGGAACUACAUGCCCCUGCUGCCCCUAUCUGUAUGGGCGGCCAUUUUAUUAUCAGGACUGGGUUACACAAUCUACAGAGAAAGCAAAGAGAACUGGUUUUCCGAAGCGAAGAGAGCAGAAACGGAGUUCCUUGUCUUUGGCUGCGUGACCUACUUGUGUUAUUGGCUAAUUAUGAUGGUUUUAUACUGGGCGUGGUUCCGCGGGUUGUGUCGGGUACGCAGAAAAAGUUACUCGUUGAAUGUGUAGAUACGCAACUUCCAGCGACGGCGACUUAACUUAUUAUAUGUCGACUUUUUUAAAUGGAUUUAUUUAACUUAUGAAUUUAUUUUGUCUGUAAUCUCAGGACAAUGAAGGGCUUUCAUGCAGCUGCUAAACCAAACAACAGAAUGAAUGAAGUAUUAAUUAGUGAAAUUAUCAGAAAAAACUUUGACACACAUUGCUGUUGCACAUUGAAGUGAAUGUUUACUGGGGGCUUUUGAGCCUAUGCACUUAAAUAAGAGACACAUUCCUUGUAUCAACAUAUUUUGUAAAUGCUGUACAUAGGGGAUGUUGGGUAUUGUGGGAAUAUUUAUAUGACAUGAAGAUAUGAUACUUUACAGUAUAUGAAUAGCUGUAAGAUAAAACAAAACCAUGUCCCACCACUUUUGUUGUUGCACUGGAGUUCUGAGGACACUUUUCUGCAGGAUUGCACACUUGAGAAUACACAACUACGUAGGUAUGUCUGUUUGCAUGUUAAUUUAAAAUGACCCUUGCUUUGGAAUCCCCUAUGUCAAACUGGUGGGAUUUCUGAUGUGAGAAUAAGGGAGUCCACUUGGCUCCCGGAGACCUUCACGGAAACUUCUGAGCCAAAACAUUGAGUUCUUGAUAAGAGACCACUCCCACACUCUGAGGGACACACAUUAUUUUUGCCUGUUGUUCACGGAAGCAAGAAUCAGUCGGCAUGUAUAAACGUGUGAAAUAAAACUAUUUGCCUGCCUACUUUAAGACUUUACUUCAUACAUAGAUGAUUGCCAUUAUAAGAGACAAAUCUCAAAUGAAUGCUGUCUUUCACCAAAAUAAUGUAGCAGUAUUCAUGUCCAACCAUAUGUGUAAAGUAUGAAUGUAUGAGCACUGUAUUUUUUUUUUUUUUUUUUGGAUGAAACAACAAAGAAUUUUCAAUGGCUUGAUGUGAAGAAACAAUGUGAA